UUUGGACGUUUGUGUGAGUAACCGACUGCUCGCGAUGACUCUAUUCAUGUCUCUACCAGCUGCGCAUCUUCGUGGUAGAUUCCCAUGAGGAGUGACCAUACGUACAUCCCCGGGGGGGCCACUACUGAUACCGGUAAAAUAUCUUCCUUGCAGGUUAAUUGUACGCGGUGACCUGAUGUCCACUUUCUUUACUCCACUACACACUAAGUAUUGACGUACGCGCGCUCUGACGCCUGAGGUUCUUACCUUCCUUCAUUUCUUCCCCCACAAAACUAUUGCCUGACGCCUGACGCGAUGGCCUCUCGAUAUUUCAGUGCAUUUCAGCGUGGUGUUCCUCGCGACCGACCCUACUAUGAUCCUCAUCUCCCCUCUUAUUCCUCCGCCGUUCGCGAAAAAUUGCAUCUCCAAUCCAGUGGCAGGCAAUGGCUCAUGCCUAUGUCAGGUUCAACGCGCAGAAUACGUCUUCACUCCUUGAGCCCCGUGUCCCGUUCCAGAUUUGCCCGAGUCGGUCGACGGAGAGGUUUCGUCUGUCGAUGUCUUGCUUUUCUCACAGUAGUCUUUGCCAUUGCAGUGAUCAUCCUCAUGUUGUUGGGUACUGAAGAGUCCCACUGGACACCCCCGUUCAGGGAUUCUACCCUCGUGUUUGGCAGAGAGAAUUUGCAACGCAUUUGGAAGUGGGAGAUCGAGAGCGGACAUUACCCCAGCAAUGGGAAGAUACCCGAGCAGAUUGGCUUCACCUCUGCCAUAUUAAAUCCUGCCUUGCCACCAGCAAAGGCGCACACACUCAUUUCACCAUUUACGCCUCCGCCAGGGCCAGUGACCACGAUCGCAAGGGGAGUUGGUCCCCGUAGGGCAUAUCUUGAAAAUCAGAAGCAGUCUGUUGGCGCUGCAUACCCACCUAGACCGAUACCCGGAAGCAUUGCAGAUUUAGAUAUCAUUCUAGAGCAGUGUAAUUUUUCAGAGGGCAAGUACGUCCGGGAUUGCUUGGAAUUUCUACGCGUUUCUGCUGGUUUGGAUAAUGGUCGAAGACUCCGACGAGGCUCAGUGGAUGCAUGGAAAUACGCUUUUAUGGAAGAGGAUCGACCGGAGGAAGAACAUCCUCCCCGUUCCACGCAGGCUGCACCUAUAGUGCCUGCAGGACCAUACCCCACUGGACGCCAAAAUUCCAAUGCAGGACUGAUGAAGAAGAGGAAUGUUCAAUGGGAGCGUCCACUCGAGCUCCCGCCCCCUGAGCAGCCAAGCGUGGGUUCAAACCAUUCGAAUCCUUGUGAUCCUGAAAAUCUCCGCCUGUUCCACAUGUUUUGGGCAGGUCCAUUCAACGAGAAACCAUAUGUCGCACUGUUAUCCUUUCUUUUCACCCAGAAUCUUGGUCUCCAUCUCGAAUCGGGUCAAGAGAUUGACGCUUGUCGUCCACAAAUCUGGUUGUGGAUUAAUCCUGGUCCUGCAGCGGCCGUUCCAAAUCCCUCCGCGCUCACAGAUAUGUACGACGCGCUGAAGACGAACCCAUGGGCGGCACCCUUCCUUCACCCGCGUUUCAAGAAUGUUAUCAAAUUCAAACUGUGGAACACAACAGAACAACUUGAUAAUAACCUAGAGCUGAGAGACGAGUGGAGGAAAAUGGAAACUCUCUUCAAUUCUGGGGGCGUAACUGUGAGCGUGCCUGCUGACCAACCUGCAGGAAGCUCUAGUGCUACCUCAACUAAGACCGGUGAUAUGGUUCAUCGCCUUGGUUCGAAAUCGGAAGCGACUUAUGACAGGCUUUCCGUGAUUUUGUCCGACAUGGCACGUUUCAUUGUCACUCAUCGUUAUGGAGGAAUCUACCUAGAUGCUGAUACCAUCUUCUUGAGGGACUGGGAGGAGCUUUGGGGAUGGAAAGGUGCUUUUGCCUACCGAUGGUCCUACCACGAAGACUACAACACUGCUGUGCUCCAUCUCAACAAGGGUUCCGCCCUUGGCUCUUUCCUCUUCCGCACCGCAUUGAAGAACGGCUUUGAUUUUCAUCCGGUCGCUGUCUCUAAGUACCUCAAAGAAGCGCACCUGGAGAACCUUUUAUUGCGCGUUCCUGACGCGCUUUUCGACCCAGCGUGGCUAAACACGGAAGGUUAUCAAGUGGAACGGCCACCGUACCCCUUUUUAGCAGGCUUCGCAGAUUUCUUUGAUACUCCAGAAGCUCAGAGCGCUGCGCCGCAGGUCUCCGGAUUUGAAGGGUUCUUCAGGGGGGCCUUCUCGUAUCACUUUCAUAACUUCUGGUGGAAACCAUUCGAUCCUGCCAGGAAUUGGCCGGACUUGGGGCCCAAAUUUUCAGGUGGUGAAAGGGCAGCGCGCGCUGCUGCCAACCCUCAUGCAGACCCUGAUGAUUGGGACGACAAAAUAUCCGAUGACAAGCGUGACUUGGACUGGGCGACCGUGUUGAAACGGACGUUUGAGGGCUACAUCCGAGGAGAAAGACCAAAUAUGUAUGGUGAAUGGUUGCGCUGGUGACGUCGGAGUGGGAGACAUUUUCGAUGUGGAUAUUUUGGACAGAUUGAUCUUAUUCGUGAUUUAAAAGACACUGACUUUGCAACGUGUACUUUGAUAAUUCGAUCUAACUUGUAGUGAGCACUCGCACCGGUGCUGCGGUGAUUAUUUUUGUGACCGCGUUGUCGGCGAUGAGCUGCGGAUUAAGGCGUAGG